AGAUCUUUGUAAUGCUAACAAGCUAAAAUUUUGUCUGUAUUUGUACAACACCUAUAAUUUGGCUGUUUAAGUAUAUGAUGUAAGUGAAAUAAUUUGCUUUAAAUGCAUCUGCAUUGUAAAAUAACAGCCCAUGUUAAUGAAGCUACUCAGACUAAGAUGCAAACAUUUUUUUCCAAGCUUCUGUGAGGAUAUACCAUUGUGAUUCUGCUACUUAUGUUCAUGAAGGUGCUUCCAACUUCUGCAUAGGAGCCAACAUUUGUGCUGUUUCAAAGCUGUUGUUUCCUUCCAGAGGUUUGAGCUGUACAUGUUAUUUGGUAUUCUUGUUGAUUAAAUUCAAACCUCAUCCUGAAAGAAUAGUAAAUUGCCAUUAAGUUUGCUUUCCUUAGACAAGAGUUUGAACAAUGCCAAACCUUUUCAGUGUGCAAUUAAUAUAAUAGGUUGCAAGUGGAGGAACUCAGUAGGUCCUAGGGAGAUGUUAGAAUUUGUGUGAAAUUUGCACAAUAACUUGGAGGUCAGCAUUAAACUUGGGGUGCGGGUUUACUAGUUGUACCAAUGUGUCACCAGAAGUUGGCCAGUAUUAAAUUCACAGCAGUUCUAGGGACUUUUUUGUUUAAGGCUGUAAGCAAAAUGGGCUUUAGAGGAAUGUGUGUGUUGCUUGAAUUUCCAGCAUCUGCAGAUUUCCUCGUGUUUGCUUUAGAGGAAUGCGAUUAUCCACGGCAAUAUUAGAAUAUAAACAUCUGCCUUCACUAACAGGCAAAUCCUGAAGCCACUACCCAUUUUAUGGAAAGAAUAGUACAGCUAUCAUAGUUAAUUCCAGGCUAUAGGUGCAGAGUUAGCUGGAUAUCUAACUAUUUGCAGGCUAUUCUCAUCACCUUUAAAUUGAAAAAUAAAGUUGUGCGAAUGAUGGAACUGCAAGAUCAAGUGGAGGUCUGGGGAUAUGGUAAAUGUCAGCACCAGCUAUAAUCCAGCAGCUUGCCAAAAGUAAAGUCUUAACAGCACAGAACGAGGUUCUUUGGCCUACUACAUCUACGCUGAGCAUCAAAAGUUAAUUUUACUCAUCCCAACAUUCCAAACAGCCUCCCCCUGAUCUUCUACAACUUUACACUGUCCAAUUAACACCAACACAGAAUGUGGGGAGGAAGCCAGAGCACUCUGGAAAAUGCAAUAUAUGUAUGUAUAAAGUGCACAUAAGUAACACUGGCAAAUCUGCUAGAUGAAAUCAAUCAGGAAGGGAAUGGAAUAGAUUUAUGGAAACAAAAACAUUAUGUGGCACUUCGCACAGUUAGAUAAUUAGAUAAUGUGAUUCAAGCUAAGCUUCCAUCCUCUUCCAUUUUGCAUUUUAAAAAAAAAGCUCACCCAGACUUCUGCCCAUAUGCUAACUUUCACCAAAUCCCCUUUUCUGCCAUCAUGACUUAAACUAGCUCCUGGUGACCAACACUUAAAUUUUAAAAUUCUCAACCUUGUUUUCAAGUUGUUCAAUGCCUCAUCUCCCUAACUCUGUCCAAUCCCAGAAUCUUACACAUCCUAUUUUAAUGAAUGCACUCCAGCCAGUUCUGUCUUUGUUUCUGAAGACCUCAAACUCAGGAAUUUCAUCGCUAAACUCUGCCUUUCUUUCAAGAUGCAGCAUAAAACUUAACCUUUCAUCAGCCUUAAUCUCUUUAUGUGGCACAAUGUCAAAUUCUGUUUGAAAACAUUUUUCAAUAUUAAAAUUGUUAUUUAAAUUCGAGUUGUUAGACCAUACUGGGGUAAUAUAAAAACAAUCCUUGUUUCUUAAGUGAGCACCCGUCAGAUUGGGAGUCUUACUUCAGCGGUCACAAAUAGAUUUGAUACUAUUUCAUCAAAGCAUAUGAAGUAAUUGUUGAAGAAGAGCAUGGUGACACAUUUCUGUCUAGAUUUAGAGUGCAGGCUUAAGAAUAUAUUUUGUGCUGAAAAUUGUUCAAAAAGCCAAUAUGGAGUGAAAGUGUACUUAGCUGAAAAGAAGCCACAUUACCUACCUAAAUAUUGGCAAAAUUAAACCAUGUGGCCAGGAAAUGAUUGCUCAAAAUGAACCAUAACCCUGCUCUCAAAGCACAACUGUUCCUGUUCUCAGUAGUAUCUUAUGCUGUCCUCAUUUGCUAAACACUUGUUUCUUCACUGUUCCCACCUAACAAGUGGUAUUUCUUUUUUACAGCAUUUUGAUCGUGGAGAUGUUGUGGUGAUGGUAAACUUAGCAGUGGAAGGACAGAUCCUAUUCCGAUUAUCGUCAAAUAUGAUGUCAUGGGUAUGGGCCGGAUGGAAAUGGAGCUUGAUUAUGCAGAUGAUGCAACAGAACGACGUCGUGUUAUGGAAGUGGAGAAACAGGAUACUGAAGAACUUCGGCAAAAGUAUAAGGACUAUGCUGAAAAAGAAAAGGCAAUUGCAAAAGCUUUAGAAGAUCUAAGGGCGAAUUUUUAUUGUGAAUUGUGUGAUAAGCAGUACCAAAAACAUCAUGAGUUUGACAACCAUAUUAAUUCUUAUGACCAUGCUCAUAAGCAGAGAUUAAAAGACCUAAAACAGAGAGAAUUUGCUCGUAAUGUUGCCUCAAGGUCUCGAAAAGAUGAGAAAAAGCAGGAGAGAGCACUUCGGCGUCUCCAUGAGCUUGCAGAGCAGCGUAAACAACAAGAAUGUGCUCCAGGAAGCGGUCCAAUGUUUAAAACUACGACUGUGGCUGUUGAUGAAGAUGGUAACAGCAGAAAAGUUGUCAGCACAAGUGAUAAUACUGGAGGAAAGAUGAGUGGUCCCACGUCACCUUCUGUUAAUAGGACCAUAUCUGAAAGCACACUCGAAGACAGCAGAGGAGAUGUGGACAACCCAAACUAUUGUGUUACCAGAAGCUCCACAGGGUUGCUUCAAAACAACCAGACAGUGCAACCUGUUAACAUCAGUCAGCUUAAAAGCAAUUCUGCUACUCCCUUACAGAAGCUAGGAGUAUCAUUUUCUUUUGCAAAAAAGGCACCAGUCAAGCUCGAUGUUUCAGCUUCAGUAUUCAGUGAUGUUGCAGAAGAUCUCAAUGAAUCUGAAGCAACAAACCCUGAUGAAAAAAUGUCCUCUGGUCAAGGGUCACCAAAAUCAGUGGAGGCUGAAAUGACAGCAACCUCAGAUAAGAUUGAAGGGGCCAGUCAAUCAGAAAGUGAUAAUGACUCGAUAAAUAGUACAUUAUCAAAAUUGAAAAAGAUGAUGAGGAAAGAGGAUGAUGUCAGUCAGUCAGAACCCGAGUACUAUCAUUACAUUCCUCCUGCACACUGUAAAGUGAAACCUAAUUUUCCAUUUCUGUUGUUUAUGAAAGCAACAGAAGAGUCACACAAGUGUGGUAACAAGAAAAAUUUAGAGACCACUAAAAACAAUCAUGAUUUACAAAAUACUUUGAAGCUUCAGGAAAGCAAAGAAGAAGAACGCACGGAAAAUGAGACUGCAGCUUUGCAAAAGAAUAGUGACCCUCCAGAUGAUGCAACAGACCCAGACCUCAAAGAAGCGAAGUCUCCGGAGACUGUAAGGAACACUGCACCAUCAAAGCUGAGUGCAUGUGAAGAAGGGAAGCAAAGCAGUUUAGCAAAUGAAGAUGACCUCAAUGGGCCUAAACAUCCAACUGGGCCGUUUUUCCCAGUCUUGAGCAAAGAUGAAAGUACUACUCUUCAGUGGCCCUCAGAAUUGUUGAUGAUUACAAAGAAUGAGCCAUGCAUCUCUUAUAGUUGCAAUCCACUCUACUUUGAAUUCAAACUGACUAGGAAUAAGGACACCAAAGAAAAAAACAAAGAGAAAUAUCCUGAGUCUUCACAUGAACAAAAUGCACAGAAUACUGAUAUGGAUUCACAGGAGAAACCUAACACAAGCACCAGCAAAGCUGCGUCAAAAACAGUAGCAAGUGAGGGUGAUGUGAAACCUCAAGAGCAGUCAAUCCCAACUGCAAGCAAAUGUGAAGCCCAAACAUGUGAAAGUGACAGAAGCAACAGUAAAAAAGAUAAGGGCAUGAAGUCACACAAGCAUAAAAAGAAAAAGAAGCACAAAAAGUCAGGAAAACAUUUGAAAGAGAAAGCUACAGAGGAAAAGGAAAAGCAGAAGGAUGGUGAAAUGCAUGAUGAGAUGUCAAAGAAAAGAAAAAAGCGUAAACGCAAAAAUAAAGGCUUAAGUGAAAAAAUCAAAGAUACUAGUUCAGAACUUUCUGUUCCAAUGUCUGCAAUUAAAUCUACGGAGGAAAGCAGCCACACACAGAAGAAAAGACACAGAUCACAAGAUUGCCAUUAUUCAUCUGGUACUGUCGAUGAUGGCAGUAGAAAAGAUGAUGUCUCUGAGGAAUCCAUUAGUAAAAAGCAAAAGACAGGUUCCUGUAGUGAGUUAAGGAAACGAGUAUCGGCUCGGAAGGAUAGCCCAAGCAGGCAUAGGGACAGAGACAGCAGUCGAGAUGAAGAAUCUGAUAGCUAUGAUGAAUCUCAUAGAAAACGAUCCAGACAAAAGUCAUCCUCCCGUUACAGUGAUGAUUAUGAUUCAAGAAGUGACAGAAGCUACUCUCGAAGGUCAAGAAGACAUCGUUCAUCAUCCCAGCGGUCAUAUUCUUCUAGAUCUGAUGUAUCGUCAGACUGCAGUAGGUACAGUCGUAGAAGCUAUUCUAACAGUUACAGUGAUUACAGUGAAAGAUCAAAUCUCUCUAAACGAUCUCAUGAUUCAGAUUCUGACUAUAGACGGUCAAGGCACCGUGGCAAAAAGCACAAAUAUUCUUCUUCGGAUGAUGAAUAUAGACGAAGCAGAAGCAGGUCCAGCAGGAGCAGCAGGGAAAGUACUCAAACCAUCAGUAGAACACGCAGCCGAAGUCGAACUCGUAGCAGCAGCCAUAGUAGGAGCCGAAGCAAACGGCGUAGUGAAAGUACAACACAACGAAGCAGGAAACGAAGUCAAAGCUACAGCCACCACCGCAGGGGCAGUACGAGGUGCCGUACCUCCCGAAGAUCAGUUUCAAGGGACAAAGGAUCACGUAGCCAUGACAGCUCUGGUGAUAGACGGUCCAGUCGAAGAAACUCCAGUCGUUCUUUUUCACGAGAUAGGGUAUAUCGAUCAAAAUCUCCAUGUUACAGCCGAAGCAAAAUGUUGGGCAAGAAAGAAGACUACUCCAAAAAAGAAGAAAAUAAAGGAGGUGGAACAAAAUCAGGUGGUUCUUUCCACAGAAAUCUUAGUGGUAUCUCCAAUUGUUCUGGAAAAGUGCAUGUGGAAAGUGAGCAAACACCAGAAGAAAGGAACUCCUUAACAGCCAAACAAUUGUUGGAAAAAAUUCAGUCUAAAAAGUUUGAAAAGAAGCCUGAAACAAUUAAUGAAACUGCAUCAGCAUCUAAUAAAGUAGGAAUUAAAUUAAAGGAUCCCCCACAGGGUUAUUUUGGGCCUAAACUACCCCCAGCUUUAGGGAAUAAGGCAUUACUUCCUUUAAUAGGAAAAUUACCGGCAGUCAAAAAGCCUGCAACAAAGAAGUCAGAAGAUCUUUCCUCAGAGAAGGGGGACAAAGAUGAUGAGCUGUAUUUUGUAGAGCCUAAAGAUGUGACAAAGGAGGAAGUCAGUCAACUAUCAAAUUGGAUAAUACAGGAAGAAAUUCAAAGUAGAGAAGAAAAAUCUGACAGUGAAGAAACAUCAGGUGAAAAAGAGAAAAUCCAAACCAUUUCUUGUGAAACUCAGUUUGUUCAUAAAAGUUUGGUACUUGGCACCCAAGCCAUCUCAGAUACCUAUAUUUCUGAUGUAAGUACAUCAACCGAAGUCAUCACAAAACCUUCAGAGUUAGGAGCACCAGAUGGUGAUGAAACCAUUAUGGUGCAUUUUGCACGAGAUCGAGAGCGAUUCCCCAAUUAUAUUCCAAAAGCUGAAGUUCAAGAAAUUGAAGAGGAUUCCCAAGAGUGUACAGAUUCAUCAGUGGCUCCACUUGAUAGGCAGCCUAUUACAUUCACUCCUGAAGAAAUGGAAAAAUACAGCAAACUACAACAGGCAGCUCAACAGCACAUCCAGCAGCAACUUUUAGCUAAACAAGUGAAGACUUUCCCUACCUCAACUGCCAUUGCUCCAGCGCCAACCCUCCAGCAAUUUCAUAUUCAACAACCAUCAGCAGCUGCGACAGCAACAUCAAUCACUACUGUCCACCAUGCUAUAUUACAGCAUCAGGCAGCUGCAGCUGCAGCCAUGGGUAUCCAUCCACAUGCACACCCACAAACUCUUGCUCAAAUCCAUCACAUACCCCAGCCUCAUCUAACCCCAAUUUCUCUGUCCCAUAUUACACCAUCUAUUUACCCUACUCACCCUGCCACUUUUCUAACUAGCCACCCAAUACAUAUUAUACCUGCAUCAGCCCUCCAUGCAGGGCCUCUGGCUCUUCACCCAGUGCCACAUGCACUCUACCCAGCUUUGUUUGCCCCUCGACCUGCAGGAGCAGGUGCUUCUGCUCUUCAUCUCCAUCCUUUCCUCCAUCCUAUCUUUUCGAGUCAGGAGCUCCAGCAUCCUCCUAGUCAUGGCACUUGAAGCAAGCUGCAGGGAAUGAAAAUAAUGACAUCUCUUCCUUUCAUAUUUAAUCUGGUGUGAAAAUACUACAUUGAUGCAUUUCAGACUGAUUUUUUUUUCCCCCAACAGCCAAAGAGUUCAGGCUCAGGCCCUAGAAUAUGUUGCAUUUUCUGUGCUUGCAAUAUCAGGGAUUUCCAUUUUCUUUGUAGAAGCAGAUAUCAGAACCAAUAAUGUGGAUGUCCCAAAACUCUCAAAAACAAUCUUACAUAACUUAAUUAUUAAUAACAGAAUGUACUGAUUUUAUGUUUGUGGUUUGGCCUCCUUGUCCCAUUGCUAAUGCCCACCAUAACAAAGAGAAAUGCCUAUCUAUGUCAAUCUGCAAAAUUCUAAAGAGUCCUUAUAAUGUGUACAUUGAUCUAAUAUGGUGGAGGAAACUGUUGCUUGAUGCAAGUAUUCUAAUAAAUGACGUUGAAACUGAGGAUCCCAUAACUUCUGAUCAGUAGCUGCAAAGUGUAAUCAUAAAGAUUACACAUUAUAUACUUAUGUCCGUAAAUGAAAUGAAAUGGCACCUCUGGAGGUCCUACCUCAAUGUGGCAUGCCAAAGAAAUUUGGGCAAAUAAAGCUGACGAGUCCAGAUGUGAUGGCUCUAACAGUUCAGCUCUGCUGCAACAAACGUCUGAAUUCCGAAUGAGAGAAUGCAGACUUUGGGGCCUUGAUGAGUUGAAACAAAAGUACAGAGAAGCCUUAUUGUAACUUCUCAAAUUUUAGUUAAGCGAGCUUUGGUGUAGCAAUGGAAUUUGGAGAGAUGUCUAAAAUCUUUGCGAUAAAACGUCUAUUCCCACCUCUGUUGUAAAAAUACAACAGUCUUUGUAUAAGUUAUAGGUUAUAAUUUAAAAAAAAAUUGUGGAAAAAAUUGCACUGAACUCUGUACAGGUGAUGCUGCUUUUGUAGGUCCAUCAAUGAUAUACAUACAUGCAGAGUGCUGCAAUAAUAUUUUUAAAGGAUGAAUUCAUUUGGUUUUGUGGUACUGUUCUAACAUAGUGCUUUGUGUAAAUAUGUUUGUAGGUUAAGCAAUCCCUUGUAUAGGUAGGCAUCAUGUUUCUGUUUAUGGCAGAAAUUAAGCAUGUAUAUUUUACCAAACGUAUUUUUUUGAAGUUUUUAUGUACUGUAAAUGUAAAAUUUUUUGAAGUUUUAUUUUGAUUUUGCAAAGUAUUUGGUGUAAAGCAACUCUGCAAAACAUGGUGCUUGGGAGAAAGUGGUGAAUCAUUAAGCUAAAGUAUACAGACACAGAACUGACAGCUGCAGAAUUUAUAUUAACCAGAUUAUCAUGCUCAUCAUAACAAAAAUGAGUUUAUGUAACUUAGGCCGUGAAAAACAUUGGCAAUGCAGUAAUCUGCCUUUGUAAAUUGUAUACCUUUCAGAUAAUGGUUAUCAACCCUGCUUAUUCUUUAAGGUUGAAUAUAUUUUACAAAUUGGUUUUUACUUAGUAGCCAAGUUUCACUUAGUGGCUCACCGAGGAUAGGGAGCUUUUCUUCGAGGCAUGCUUUUCCUACAGUUUAACAUAAAUAACACGUGCUUGGAUUCCUGGAAAGCGUUCAUCUCUUGGGAGUUAGUUAUACUGAUAACUGUAUGCAGAAACUCUGUUUACACUAUGAAAUUAACCCCAAUUUUUUUUAACAAUAUGAUCAAUUUUAAUUUACUUAACCAAUCUUAUGGUUAGUAUCUUAGAUUCAGGUUGUUAUACAAUAGUGGUAGAUAAUAAACUGUAUAUGCUGUCUUCCUUUCAAAAUGCUGAACAAAAUGAAUUGUAUUUGUUAAAUUCGGGUUUGAAAUCCCAAUUUAUCAACAGAUGGAUGAAAAUUUAAUUGCUUUUGGAUGAGACUGGCAGUUAUAGGCUGAUCAUCCAUUUGAAUUUUCAUCCAAUAAAACCUUCGUUUUUACAAUUUUUAAAGCUAAUAAAAAAUUGUAAAUAAUUGUAUUAAAUAUAGUAAUAAAAAUGCAGUAUUCAAGGUCCUGGUACCUACGAAAGUACUAUGGAAUUUAUAAAGCAAGAUCUAUACAUAGAUUUGCUUGGACUCAUUGCCAGUCUGAGGACAUUAUGGAGUUUGCAAGCCAUGAUAAGAAAGAGCAUGAAGGUUUAAACCUGGAAAAAGACCAACAUUUUUUUAAAAUAAAGUGGGAAUACUCUAACCUUAACUAUAUGUCUUUUGAUGUUUUCUGAUGUUGUCAGUUCUGUUUGACAGUUGACAGCUUUUUGAUUCCAUUUUGUUUCCUAAAACACCCUGACACCUUACAAAGCAGCAGCUUCCAUCUGUUUUAAAAUGUUAUAUAACAAAACUAGAAAGAAAUGUAACUAGCUUAUUGCUUAUUUUAUUUAACUUUCUGUCACAAGAACAUGCAAAAUAUUACUGUACAAUAGGAGAAAACCUUUAUAACAAUAAAGUAUGGAUAAUUUGUGAACUCUC